AUGGGCGUCAAGAAGGCAACCACAAGGCAGACGUUGCUCUGUCCUAAGCCUGGCCGCUUGCUUCUGAGAAAGCAUCUCCCAAAGCGGAAGAGGUUCUCAGGUUCCAAAGCUCCUCUGGUGACGAGGCCAUGGUGGUCGGAACUGCCGGGCUGGAUUGCUCUGCAUGCUGAGCGAGGACCCGUACGCAAAUGCUGGGAAGGCCAUCGCCUCGUUCUGGACAGCCAGGAUGGCCGACGGCACGGAUGGUGCAGCAGGUGCUUCAACCGACCCGCAGCUGGUGAGACUGUUCUUGUUUGCCAUUCGUGCUCUUGGACUUGUUGCAUGGCCUGCGCGGCCAGAUCCCGACUGCCGAGGCUGUCGGAAGACCCACUCUUCCAUGGUCCGAACGUUCCGUGUUUGCUGAAACCUGCUUUCGGCGAGAAGGCGCUGGCAGGCAACGGAACUGUCAUCAUCUGUCCCGGUGGGAACUACGAGUUUCUCUGCCCAAAUGAAGGGCUGCCGGUUGCAGCUUGGUUGGCGAGGCAUGGAAUCCAAGCGCUGGUGUUGCGCUAUCGGCUUUUGCCACGUCAUAGCCUCGAAGAUGCGCUUGCCGAUCUCGAGGCAGCAGUGAGCCUGGUGCGGCAGCACAAAGACGGGCCGGUGGCAGCAGUUGGAUUCUCCGCGGGAGGGCAUUUGGUCGCAUCUCUCAGCCUGCGCUUGGCCAAGAGAGACAGGCCAACUGGAGGUUAUCCCCUCGACGCGCAGGUUCUGGUGUAUCCUUGCAUUGAUAGCUCUGGCUGGGGAAAGCCGGGUGAGGCAGGAUUCUGGGAUCCGGCCUGCCACGAGAAGGCCAGUUCGCUACUGGAAGGCCAACAGUUACUGCUUGGAGGACGUGGAUUUGCUGCACCGCCGAGCUUCCUUGUUGGCUCCACCGGCGAUGCUGUUUGCCCUGCUAAGGUUCACACCGAUCCUUAUGCGGAGGCUCUUUCCAAAAGGGGAAUCGCCCACGAGUACAUUCGGGGAAAUCUCGGAGAGCAUGGAUUUGGUUUGGACCCAUGUUGGAGCAGUGCAGCUUUGCACUGGCUACGCCAGCGUGGCUUCGGCAAAAAGAGUCCCUCUCGCUCCUGGGCCGGACUUUGA